AUGGCAGAAUUUAAGUCAUUUAAUAAGACACUGAACAGAACGGAAGAAGUAAACCAGUCUGUGAUAUCUGAAUUUAUUUUGCUUGGGCUGUGUGACUCAUGGGACCUCCAGGCCUUCCUCCUAGUGGUAUUUUCUUCACUUUACUUGAUCACCAUUUUAGGCAAUGUCUUCAUUGUGCUCCUCGUUAUUGCUGACCUUCACCUCCACUCGCCUAUGUACUUCCUAUUAGCUAAUCUGUCAUUCUCUGACUUAUGCUUUUCCUCAGUAACCACCCCUAAAUUGAUCACAGACUUUCUGAAAGAAAAUAAGACCAUCUCCUUUAGAGGCUGCAUGUGUCAGAUGUUUUUUGGACAUUUUUUUGGAGGGGGUGAGAUGGUGUUCCUAGUGAUGAUGGCCUAUGACCGUUAUGUGGCCAUCUGCAAGCCACUCCAUUACUCCAGCAUCAUGAAUACAAAAAUGUGCAUUCGACUAGUGAUGACAUCAUGGAUCAUUGGCUUUGUGCAUUCAAUAAGCCAACUAGCUAUAAUUACACAACUGCCCUUCUGUGGGCCUAGAGAACUGGAUAGCUUUUUCUGUGAUAUUCCAUUGGUGAUCAAGUUAGUCCGCAUGGACACUUAUAUUCUAGAAGUGUUGACAAAUGCUAACAGUGGGGUACUUGCAACCGUUUGCUUCAUUCUGUUGCUGAUCUCUUACUCUUAUAUUCUACUUACUGUCUGUCACCAAUCAAAGGGUGGCACAUCCAAGGCGCUCUCCACCUGCACUGCCCACAUCACAGUGGUCAUGUUAUUCUUUGGGCCUUGCAUCUUCAUCUACCUAUGUCCACUCAGCAUCACUUGGGUGGACAAGUUCCUUGCUGUAUUUUACGCAAUCAUCACACCACUACUAAAUCCAGUCAUUUAUACUUUAAGAAACAAAGAGAUUAGAAAUGCCAUUAAGCGGCUAUGA